CUGUAAAAACUGAAGCGGGGGAGGACAUGAAAGGGGUUCUGAGAAGUAUGUUACCUAUUAGGGCUUCGGUUUCCGUCGAGGAGGAUGAUGUGGAGUACUCGUUUGCUGUCGAGUACAAUGGUCCUCCUCUGUCAUAUGAUCUUCCCCGAGUUGUUCCUAUCGAUAUCAAACGGAUUCCAACUGCUACAGUCGUCGCCCGUGCUGUGUUGUCCGAUAAAGUGGCCUUGCCGGUUGUCCAGCCACUCCUCGCAAAAGAUCCUCUCAACAAGAAAUUGUCCAACGAGCUAACCCAUGGUUUUAACGCCGACGUUUCGCCCACUUCCGUCAUAGCAUUUGAACCGCGAAGUAGAGAUGACCAUGAUUUUCGAUUGUCGGAUGACUUCAGUAGCUCGGGCACUUUAGGGUUCUCAAAUGGACAACAUGGUUCUUGUGACUCAUCGGAUGUUAUAGAUGAUGGAUCCGGUUUGUUAGGUUUCUCGAAUAGCAGGGAACGUUCGUGUGAAUUGUCAGGAGGAAUAGGGCGUUCAGGCAUGUCGGAUUUUUCUAACAGCCAUGAUGACUCGAAUGAGUUAUCUGGAAGUCCCGUAAAUCCGCCGGAGUGGGGCUCAAUUGAGUCCGAUCUGAGUUCGCCGUCUCCGUUGGAAGACAUUUCUUCUUGCAGGGUAGAGGAUGCCAAUGAUGUGCCAUCUUGCCAUGUUAAAAGAACAUCGGUUGUAACAUUCGUUGAUGCUGGAUCAAGUGAAAUGGUUCAAGAGGAAGUCAGCUCUAACGCACAAGAAGUCAACCGAGAAAAAAUUGGGACUGAAACAAAGGGGCGGAAAGGGUCGUGUUAUCGCUGCAAUAAAAGAAAUCGAUUCAUAGAGAAGGAGGUCUGCAUUGUGUGCAACGCAAAGUAUUGCAGCAACUGUACGUUGAGGGCGAUGGGGUCGAUGCCAGAGGGAAGGAAAUGUGUUACUUGCAUUGGGUCUCCCAUCCACGAGUCAAAGAGAGGGAGCUUGGGUAAAUGUUCUCGAAUGCUGAAGCGGCUUCUUAGUCAGUUGGAAAUUCAACAGAUAAUGAAUGCUGAGAAAUUAUGUGAAGCAAAUCAGCUGCGGCCAGAGCUUAUUUCUGUGAAUGGGAAGCAACUUAGUCAAGAGGAGCUAGUCUUCUUACAGAGCUGUCAAAACCCACCGAAGAACCUAAAACCGGGACUUUAUUGGUAUGAUAAAGUAUCUGGUUUUUGGGGAAAGGAAGGACAGAAGCCAUGCAGGAUUAUUACUGCUGAGCUAAAUGUUGGGGGUCCUAUCAUGCGAGACGCUAGCAAUGGAAACACUGGAAUUCUUAUAAAUAAUCGCGAGAUUACUAAAGUAGAACUUCGGAUGCUUAAGUUAGCAGGAGUACAAUGUGCAGGAAAGCCACACUUUUGGGUGCAUGCGGAUGGAUCGUACCAAGAAGAGGGCCAGAAGAAUACGAAAGGGAAAAUAUGGGACAAGCCGGGGACAACGCUUCUUUGUGCUUUUCUGUCGCUGCCAGUUCCUUCUAAGGCUUCAAAGACUCGUCAAGAAGGUGUUAAUAAUCUGGCGAACGGAAUUGCCCCGGACUACCUUGGGCAAAGAGCAAUUCAGAAACUUCUUUUAGCCGGAUAUAAGGGAUCUGGGUCAAGUACCAUAUUUAAACAGGCCAAGAUUUUGUACAAUUCUGUCCCUUUCUCAGAGGAUGAACGUGAAAAUGUCAAGCUGAUGAUCCAGAGCAAUGUAUACAGAUACCUGGCUAUAUUGCUUGAGGGGCGUGAACAGUUUGAGGAAGAAAGUUUGACCGAAAUGAGGAAAGAACAAUCUUGUGAAUCCGGUGUCCAAGGGAAUGCCAGUGGGAGUGAUGAUAAAACCGCCUAUUCCAUUGGCCCAAGGUUGAAGGCGUUCUCAGAUUGUCUUCUCAAAGUUAUGGUGUCAGGUAAUUUGGAAGCCAUUUUCCCUGCUGCUACUCGAGAAUAUGCUCCAUUAGUUGAGGAGUUGUGGAAGGAUGAAGCUAUUCAGGCCACAUUCGGACGAAAAAGUGAACUACAAAUGCUACCUGCUACUGCUAGUUAUUUUUUAGAGCGGGUUGUUGAGAUCUCUAAGACAGAUUAUGAACCUUCCAAUGCGGACAUCCUAUACACUGAGGGAAUCACUUCAUCAAAUGGGCUUGCAUCCAUGGACUUCUCAUUCCCACAGUCAGCAUAUGAUGGCAACCGUGACACUGCUGACGAGCAUGAUUCCUUGCUGAGGUAUCAACUCAUUAGAGUGCCUGCAAAAAGCCUUGGGGGAAACUGCAAGUGGUUGGACAUGUUUGAAGAUGUCAGAAUGGUCAUCUUUUCUGUCGCCUUAAGUGAUUACGACCAAUUUUGUGAUGAUGGGAAUGGGUCCACAAUAAAUAAGAUGUUGGCUAGCAGGAGGCUAUUUGAGAGUAUUGUCACUCAUCCUAGUUUCAAUCAGAUGGACUUCCUUCUGAUACUCAACAAGUUCGAUCUGCUUGAACAAAAGAUUGAGCAGGUCCCUCUUACUGUAUGUGACUGGUUCAAUGACUUCGAUCCAGUGACCAGCCGCCAUCCUUCCAACAAUGACAGUAUCAACAAUCUCCCUUCCCGAGCUCAGCAGGCUUUCUACUAUAUUGCUGUCAAGUUCAGGACACUCUUCUCUUCUCAUACUGGACAUAAGUUGUAUGUUUCACUGGUGAAUGGGUUGGAGACGGAUACUGUUGAUCAAGCACUCCAUUAUGCAAGUGAGAUUCUGAAGUGGGAUGAAGAAAAAAGGUGUUUCGGUGUCAGCGAGUUCUCAAUUUACAGCAGCACGGAAGCAAGCUCCUCUUCCCAUUGAUGUGUUGAAUGUGAAUGGCUUGUAAAUGCUCCAGUUCUUUGUUUUACAUCACUAAUCGGUGCUAGUGUACAUAUACAUAAUUCGUGUAAACUGAAAA